AUGGCACUCACUCUAUCCAGUACAUUCGUGUACAAAAAUCUAUCUCCUCCCACGCUUUCUCUCAUUGACAAGGUGAAGGGAGUGGUUGGCAGCAAUCGGAUGCGGUGGAGUUGCAGGAAGAAGGACAUACACCCGGAAUUCUUUGAGGAUUCGAAAGUGUACUGCAAUGGUGAACUGGUUAUGACUACUGGUGGAACCAAGAAAGAGUAUGUUGUGGAUGUGUGGUCUGGGAACCACCCAUUUUACCUGGGUGGCAGGUCACAGCUUCUUGUUGAUGCUGACCAGGUUGAAAAAUUCCGCAAGAAAUUCGGUGGGUUGUCGCAGAUUAUGGAAAUCCCUGUGCUUAAAGGAGAGAUUGUUCUUCCUCCCAAGAGGAAGUCUGCAAAAGGGAAAAAGAAUUGUAGUGGUAGUGGUGGUGGUGAUAGUUCUGGUGGUAGUAGUAGUAGUGGUGGUAUUUGUGGUUGUGGUGUUGUAGUUAAUGGUGGUAUUUGUAGUGGGAGUAGUAGUGGUAUUGAUAUUUGUGGUAGUGGUGGUGGUGGUGUGGUGUGGCGUGGCGUGGUAGCGGGUUGUAGUGGUAGUGGUGGUGGUGGUGGUGGUGGUGGUGGUGGUAGUUCUGGUAGUAGUAGUGGUGAUAUUUGUGGUUGUGGUGUUGUAGUUGGGAGUAGUAGUGGUAUUGAUAUUUGUGGUAGUGGUGGUGGUGUGGUAUGGCGUGGUAGCAGGGUAGUAGUAGUGAUAUUGGUGGUGGUGACUAAAAAGAAUAGCAGAUCGUGA